CGGCCCGUGAGCACGGCUGAUUUUUCUCCCCUAUACAGCGCACUGCUCGGUCUCCUAAGUCUUCGCUGUAAUGGAUUGGGUGCAAGGAGGCGAGUCAAUGGCGCCGGCGCUCGCCGCACCGGGAAUCUCCCCGGCGGCCGACUGCAGAUCCAACCAAGCCGCCGGCGACCCGUCCUCCGCAGUCAGGCCGAUCGAUGGAGGGUUGUCGGGGUCGGAUCUAUCGUGGCGUCCAGCCAUCCAGGAUAUCGCGCGAGUCCCAGACGAAACGUCAUUCUCCAAUGCGCACAUAGGGCUAGUAACGCCUCCGGCCACACUGAAGGGCGCGAAUGCAUGCACCUACAGCUCAUAUUUUAAUCCAGAUGUACGUGAUGAUGAUUCUGGAAACGUUAUAGUUGUGCCUGGAUGGAAGAAACGGAAUGUUGGGGCUAAUGGCCCUGACACGAGGACACCUCCGUCCACAAAGACGGCCAUCGAGCGACGUCUGCUCGAAAUGAAUGAUCGUAGAGGCAGUGAAAUCUUCGAACCAGUGGUCGGAACCGACUUCGACUCAUGUCAAGAAGCAUAUGAUUUCUACAAUUUGUAUUCGUGGGAGCACGGAUUCGGCAUUCGGUGUGGCAGAAGCAGAGUUAACACAAACAAAUACAAGUUGAUGCACGAACUUGUUUGUCAAUGCGCGGGCAAGAAUGACAAAGAAAACUCGUCAUCAUGCAAGAUCGAUUGCAAGGCCAUGGUGAGAUUGCUGCGUACCAAGGAUCAUGAAUGGUACGUCAGUAUGUUUGUCAAGGAGCACAACCAUCGUUUGUCGGUUGGAUACGAUGCAAAACUCUAGUGGAAUUCACACGAUUUCAUAGACCCCGUUUCAUUUGACUUCAUCAAGAAUCUUCGAAGCAAUAAUGUCAGUGUUGGCAAGGUUUAUAACAUUUUGUGUGGAGCAGAAUGGAUUUCCCCGGCUGCCCGGCGCUGGAUUUCCCCGGCGGCCCGCCCGUCCCGGCGACUCCUCUUUCACCAGCCAUUCCUGCCUCCCGCAAGGAUUUGGCUUCAGUUCAUGCUCUGCCUUCCUUGGAUCCCCCUCCCCCGACGCCUAGCAUGCUCCUAGAGGUACGAGUGGGGGCGCAGAAAGACCUUUGUCACGGGCCGCCUCCCCCCGUGUCCGAUAGUGUCUGAACUUUUCUCUAGCUGAACAGUACCCUAUGCUAUGAAGUAGGCAUAUCACGGGCGACGGGUACUACUAACCCACCCGAUGUAACCGUGGCCUGGCCAUCUUACGGUAAAGGCUGACGCAUAUCCCGAUGUAUAUGGACGACCCGGAUAAGAGGGCCGGGGUGCAGCUGUUCUAUUUUA